GGAACCCAUGAAUGAUACAAGGAUUUUAGGAUUUCUUCUUCUGGGACUUUCAGAGGAACCAGAAUUGCAGCCUGUUAUCUUUGGACUUUUCCUCUCUACGUAUCUGAUGACUGUGUUUGGAAACCUGCUCAUCAUCCUGGCCAUCAGCUCUGAUUCCCACCUCCACACCCCCAUGUACUUCUUUCUCUCCAACCUGUCCUUUGUGGACAUCUGUGUUACCUCCACCACACUUCCGAAGACACUGUCAAACAUCCAGACACACAGCAAAGUCAUCACCUAUGCAGGCUGCGUCACCCAGUUGUACUUCUUUGUACUCUUCAUAGGGUUGGACAGCUUACUCCUGACCGUGAUGGCCUAUGACCGGUUUGUGGCCAUCUGUCACCCCCUGCACUACACGGUCAUCAUGAACCCUCAGUUCUGUGGACUGCUGGUUCUAGUGUCCUGGAUCAUGAGUGCCCUGCAUUCCUUGACAGAAAGCUUAAUGGUAUUACCACUGCUCUUUUGUACAGACUUGAAAAUCCCCCAGUUUUUCUGUGAAAUUCAUCAGAUAAUUCAUAUUGCCUGUUCUGACACCUUUCUUAAUAACCUGGUGAUGUAUUUGUCAACUGUGCUCCUGGGCGGUGGUCCCCUUGCUGGGAUCCUGUACUCUUACUCUAAGAUAGUUUCCUCUAUACGUGCAAUCUCAUCAGCUGAGGGGAAGUACAAGGCAUUUUCCACCUGUGCAUCUUACCUCUCAGUUGUCUCCUUAUUCUAUUGUACAGGCCUAGGGGUGUACCUGAGUUCUGCUGCAACCCACAGCUCACUCUCAAGCGCAGCAGCCUCAGUGAUGUACACUGUGGUCACCCCCAUGCUGAACCCCUUCAUCUACAGCCUGAGGAACAAAGACAUAAAGGAAGCUCUAAGACGAUUCUUCAGAAGAAAGAAAUAAAAGGAGCAUCUUUCCAGAAGUGCAUGUGAUUUCAAAGCUCUAACCUUCAGACUUAGACAUUGUGAUUCACGAAUCAGAUCAUGGAAGGAAAAAGUCCUGCUUCUCUUCAAUUUCUAGAGUUUGAAUUUCCUUGUUCUUGAGUGCUGUGUAGGUUUUAUGCUAUUUCUUUAGAAAGCUUUCUGCUCUGAUAUCCAAUCAGUUUUUUCUUUGUCAUUGUUCUAAUUUCCCAGUUAUUUCCAAACUAGAGUAAAAAACCUCUUAGAGAUUCCUAUUUGUUUAAUAUACUAGAGAGUUGUAUCCGUCCUAAAAAUCAGUUGCAGUUGGCUCCUGUAAGGUCAUUAGUAUAAUUACAUUGUAGAUGAUCAUCUGAGACCACAGUUUUUCACAUCUGAGUCCCUCAUUUCUUUCUCUGUCACUACCUUGACUGUUCUUUCUGACCAUGUCAACUUCACCAUGCCAGUGUGUUCACAGAUUGUCACAGCAUUCUGUUGUCCUUAUUAGCAUCCUGCACUCUAUCCAGCUCAGUGUACACACUGCCUACUAUAUUCCCUGGUAAAGAGGAGGAAGGCAAGUAUUACAUAUGAAAUGCAUGUUCCUAGUGUAGUCUACACAAAAAGACACGUUUGAAUCAAUCUGCUGACUUCAUAUGGCCUCAGAUUCAGAGAUGGCCGUAAAUAUAAUGGACUAAAAUUUUCAGUCAUGCAAUGAUUUCCAUGGAAGAUUUGUUUUUGAUGGUGUAGGUAUAGUUUGUGUCUCCACCCAAAUCUCAUCUUGAAUUGUAGCUCCUAUAAUUUCCACGUGCCAUGGGAGGGGCCCGGUGGGAGGUUAUUGAAUCUCGGCAGUGGGGUUUUCCCCUGUUGUUCACAUGAUAGUGAAUAAGUCUCAUGAGAUCUGAUGGUUUUAUAAAGGGGAGUUCCCCUCACAUUCUCUCUUGCCUGCCACCAUGUAAGACAUGCCUUUUGCCUUCUGCCAUGAUUGUGAGGCCUCCCCAGCUACAUGGAACUGUGAGUCCAUUAAACAUCUUUUUCUUUAUAAAUUAUCCAUUCUUAGGCAUGUCUUUAUCAGCAGCAUGAAAACAAACUAAUACAGUGUACAUCUACUCAUUCAAGUGUGGAAGCCUGUUGCCCGUGGGUACUGAGGUUUGUUCAUUUAGGUAAAGAUUUGGUGUCAUGAUCUAUGUUUUGUUAUUGCAUCAUCUUACCGUUUCUGAUAAAAAGUUUCCAGUGCUACAAAUGCGAUUUCUUGCAUUGUUCUAAAAAUAUCCCUCCCUUUAGGAAAUCGUGUCAUAGCGUUAAACUGGAGGUAAGUGAAGAAUGUGUGCAUUUACUGCAUUAUCAUUUGCUUUGUCUCUUUUACACUCCAAACUCUCUUCAGUCUUCAUGAGCAAAUGAUGGCUCACACAAGAGCUUGAAUUUCUUCCCAGUAUUGCAUAUAAGGUUAAAGACUUGUGAUUCAAGACUGCAGUUUGUUUCAGCAAAAAUAUAUGGGCCCUGCCCAA